UUCUAUUGUUUAAGUCUUUGAUCCAGUAGAGCCUACUGAUCUACUUGUGAACUCGGUACCAGCUCAAUGCUCUGACUGUCCUCAUGCAGCCUCGGGUCACAAGACUGGGUCCAGUCUGGGUUCGGCUGUUUGUGUUGUGGACCCAGUAGCAUCGCUCAUAAAACCUAGAAUGUAACCUUUUAUAGCUGAGAGUUCGGGUCGGCUCAGGUUCUGCCUCGGUGUCUUCUCUGCUUGUUACCUGCUCAUCCCUAAAAUAAACAGAGGGGGUUUUCUGUUGGAGCGAAGCCAGAUGGGCCGGGUCGCAAUGAUCUGGAGUCCGCUGCUCCAGGUUGUCUUCUACCUAGUUAGUGUGUGUUGGGUCAGUACCGAGCCUCCAGCUCCAGAUAAUAACGCAGGCAGUUUAUGAGUGCCACACUGAAGUUCUGCUCUGUGUAAUUAUGAGGUUAGAGCUGAAACCAACAGAGGAUGAGCUGGAUCAGAACACAGUGUGUCAUCUGUCAGGCUGCUGGUCUAGUUCUGGCCGUCUGACACUACUCUGUCGCCAGAAAACAGAUUUUAUUCCUAGAGACAUUUGUAAAACUGGACCUGUGAGAACUGAAAGCCUGUGUUUUGCCUUUGGACUCGUCAGAACCAGCAGCUUUCCUGUCACGUGUGCUGUUUAUAAGCUCCGGCUGCUUCCAUCCAUCACCCAGAACCUAAUGGACUCCCUUCAGCUGUGUUCUGUCCUACGUGGAUCCUCCUCAGAGUGGACCCGACUUGGUGCUUCCGACCUGUAAACAUGGUUCUUGUGUUCUGGUACCGGGUUUCAGGCGGGUCUCUAUGGGCUCAGAUUAGCAUCAUGUCCUCAUCCUCAUGACCUGACCCAGUGGUUCGGCCCUGAGCAUCGGUGCUGUGGCUUGUACAGGUGAUGAUCUAGUCUCGGUUCUCGCCAGACGUCAGAACCGCUCAAUCGGGCCGCUGGAACUUCAUGCGGUUGUUGAUGACUGGAACGAGUUUGCAGCCUUUCUGGGGAUUCCAGCUGAAGACGUAGGAUUCAAAAGCUACAAAUUAGUCUGAGAGUUUACGCUGGCCGCCGCUUUGGGCCCAGCUCCAUCAUUACCACCCAGGAAACCCAACUAUCACAACAGACACGGAGCCUCGUGGUGGAUUCAACCUCUGGACAGUUAAGUGCUCACACAUGUGGAGGUUUGGCAAACGCAUCAGCUUAUAAACGGUUUAAGGACACACAAGGUUUGAUCUGCAGGGACUUAUGUCCAGAUCCAGUCCAGGAUGGAAGAAUAUUCUUAAUGGGUCACGAUCCGAGCUCAGUUCCUACCAGAUGUCACAGUUACUAUUGAGCUGAUGGUUGAACUGUCUUGAGACGAGCUGUUGUUAGGCCCGGUUCUGGUGUGGGCUGCUUAUGUCUGGUCUGACUCCUGCACCUGCAGCUGAUCCACCCGCUUUCAGUAAUAUUGUUAAAGCCGUGGGGCCUCAGCAAACCCACACAUCUGCACCAAGACCAGAAAACCAGAUCAUAUCAGGUGCAGCAACAUGCAGACGGUGGCGCCGUAAGACGACGGAGGAGCGAUUCCAGCAGCUGCUUCCACAGCAGGUGACGAGCUGGAGGGGUGAAGCCGAUAGGCUGCGUGUGCUGACAGCUGAUCUUAUUCUGUUGAUGAUGAUGAUGAUGGAUGCUGCUGGGCACAACCUUACACCAUCAGCUGGCAGGAGUCCAAUGGACCUGGCCAGGGUCCAGCGUGUGGGGAUGCUGGUCUUAGUUCUGUUCGUUAGCAGUUAGGAAGUGGAAGAUCACAUUUAUGCCCCUUUUGUAGAAUGGAGCUGCAUAGCUUAGCUUAGCUUAGCUUAGUUUAUCUUAGCUUAGUUUAUCGUAGCUUAGGUUAGUUUAUGAAAAGACAGAGUCAGACAGGAUGCAAUUCUUUGUUUGUCUUGUGCAAACCUGGCGAAUAAAAACAAUUCCAAUUCUGAUUCUGAUCUUAGCUUAGCUUUUGUAAAUGCGCUACAGUACGUAAUCCUUUGUUUCCUCCUGGUCCAUGGAGCUGAGCCUCCAACCUGCAGGUCUGAGACAAGGUGGUCGAGGAGCACAAAGCUCGGCCGGGCCCGGUUUCACAGCUUAGAACCACUCAGAUUGUUGUGUUCUGAAACCCCAUAGAUUUGUUUCCAUCUGGACGGUAAAUUCUCUGCAGAUUGAUUUAAUAUCUCAAACUCACCAAGCCUUUAUCUUAAAUGAUUAUCUGUUCUUCCCUUCAACAUUCCUGCAUCACUAAAUCCCAAUUCAUCACGUCUCGAACCAGCCAAGCUGCAGACGCUCCAGUGUUUGUGGCCCCUGAGGGGGAGCGGCCCCUCUGCGAGGUCAGAAGGCCGACACUGGAUCCUAGCUAUCAGUGCUGUGAAUCCAUAACCUGGUGGUUCUGCAGGGACUCUAAUGGCUGAAUGAAGGAGGAUGUGUCCUGAAGCUUUAGUUGACUGCAACAUUUAUCUGAUUCUUGGCUUCCUGGUUCUUGUGGCUUAACAACUGUGAUUUUGUUUUUGCUGGAGACAAAGGUCCAAAUCCCUGCAGCCUAACGGAGCCAGUCACAGAUGUGAGGCAACAUGCUGCAGCUUCAGCGUUUAUGGAGAGACGAGGUGUAAAUCCAUCUGCAGACGCCCUUGUGUUCCCCCGAGUGCAGAGCACUUCAAAGCCAGUCUGCGGUUUACGAGCCGGUUGUGUGAGCGCGUGUUGUUCAGGAGCAGCUCCAUAGACUGUGAGGUGCCGGAACCACGGACCCAGCUGUGUCCGGCACCGUUGCGUCAUCUGAAGUCUGCAGCUGUGAUGUUUGUUCAACAGUGCGAGGCAGACGCUGCUGUUCUGGUUGUGGUGGACGCUGACAUGAUGGAGGAGACAUGGAACCGGUCGUAACCCCGGUCCACGUCGGCCCGGCUGGGCCCAGAGGUUGUUAAACACCUAAUGCCUGCUGAGGUGAAGGUGCCGUGGACUCGGUAGCCCAGUCCAGCCUAAAAUACUUCUCAACCUAUAAUCAGCCAAGCAGAGGGCAGACGCCUGGCGUUGGUGGUUUCCCUCAGCGACCUCAGCCGAGCUGGUUCCUGUUAUCGCUGCCUCAAACCCAACCUUGGUCUAAACGUCUCCAGCUUCUCUGUGACCGGCCCCAUGUCGGAGCAGGGCCCCACAGCAAAGCAGGGCCCCACGGCGGAGCAGGGCCCCACGGCAAAGCAGGGCCCCACGGCAAAGCAGGGCCCCACGGCGGAGCAGGGCCCCACGGCGGAGCAGGCCCCCACAGCGGAGCAGGGCCCCACGGCGGAGCAGGGCCCCACGGCGGAGCAGGGCCCCACGGCGGAGCAGGGCCCCACGGCGGAGCAGGGCCCCACGGUGCAGCUCAACCCCCCAACCCACCGGCGAGAUAAGCGCUGCUCCUGUGAGAACCAGAAGGACAAGGAGUGCAUCUUCUUCUGCCACAUUGGCAUCGUCUGGGUCAACACUCCCAGCCACGUGGUUCCGUAUGGAUUUGGAUCGGUGCGACUGAAGAGGGGGCUGAGACGCUGUGUGUGCUCGGACCCACAGGACACCAAGUGUGGGAGGUUCUGCUCCAACUCCACGCCAGCAUGACCUGAGCCACGCAGGCCGGCAGACGCACCCCACGUCCUGCUCACCGGCCGAGGCAGCCGAAGGAGUUGAACCUGCGACCUUCCUCUCCUCACCUGAUCCGAGGGACAGAAAAUCUGCUACUUGAGCUGAUGCUCCCAACUUUCCUGCUUGUGUGUUUUAACAUGAAACAGUUCCAGUGUGAGCUUGAGAGUCAGGGAGAGUCGGGGCUGCACCGGGCAGCUUCACAUGAGGUCCAGAACUUGGUUCUGACUCGUAUCACACUGAGGAACUGACGCAGCUGAAUGUCAGGAAAUAGAACAAACCACAAAUGAAGUCAAGUUCAUGGCCAAUAGUUCCAGCAAAUGCAACUUUAUCCAAAAUGAAUACCAAGAAACUGAACUUUGUCUCUAACAACAAACCAUUAAUGAACUUCUUAUUUAUAACAGCUACUAAAGUGUUUUGUACUAUUGGAUGUCACAGAAAUAAGCUGAACAUGUAGAAACAAAGACAUGGACGUGAUGCUCAUAAGCCACGAUGAUGAUGACGAUGAUGAUGCUGGUUCCUGUAGCUGUCACUCAGAACCGUGGUCCAGACGUGGCUCCUGUGCAGUCGGGCCAGAAGCAGAAGCUCCGUAGAGCAGCUCUCGUGACGUCUGAACGUGGCCUCUGUUCGGCUUCAUCUUUGUUGCCGCGGGAUAUUUAUUUUGUAACAUAAACACAAUAAAGGCUGUGAUGAAGGA